AUGGUGACCACCCGAUCGAGGUCGAAAAACAAUCGAGCAGCCGAUAAGGAUCGUUCCAAAGAGAGAUUCGCAUACCGCCCUCGUUCAACUUUCGAAGAAUCCGAUGCGCUAGUCGGCUACAAAACGAUCGACCAUUAUCUCCAAUAUGAUUGUCUUCUCACCCGAGAAGAGCUACAGCGGCUCGAUGAGCACGUUUAUUCAGCCGUUGAUACCUCUUGGCUCGAUGAGCUGUGUAUGAAGAAAUUCUGGGAGGCCGUUGUGCUCUAUUAUCCGUUGUGGGUGGCCCCUAAUCUUUUGACACUUAUUGGACUAAUUGUGAAUCUAACAACUGUCCUGGUGCUCUCAUUCUACUGUCCAACAGCUACUGAAACCGCACCAUCAUGGGCAUAUUUUCUGGCGGCUGCCGGACUAUUUGUAUAUCAAACGUUGGAUGCAACCGAUGGAAAGCAAGCGAGACGAAUUGGGGCUUCGAGCCCACUUGGAGAGCUAUUCGAUCAUGGUUGUGACUCUGCUUCGCAGGUAUUCGUUACUCUCAACGUGUGCUACGCUUUGCAACUGGGAACGGUGCGAUGCGGUGUAUUCAUUGCUUGCCUCAUCUCUGUUUCAUUAUUCUACACUGCACAUUGGAGCACAUAUUGUACAGGCCAGUUGAGAUUCGCCCGUUUCGACGUGACAGAAGCGCAAUGGUCGAUCAUCUCUAUGCUCCUGUGUACAGCAGUAUUUGGACCGGGAAUCUGGAGUAUCGGAGUAUUCGGAUAUUAUUUAAAACAUCUUCUUCUUGCUGCAGUCGCUCUUGGAACUGUCUAUCAAGCACUUGGAUAUCUGGCUGUAAUUUUUACUGAUGGAGUUGGAAAGAACGGAUCAACGGUUGCUGGAACUUCGGUUCUUUUCCCGAUUUGUCCACUUAUGGCUGUCAUCGUCCCAUACUGCAUGAUCUACAGCAAAUCUGCUUCCACAGUGUAUGACGAUCUCAUUGUGAUUUUUGUUCUACAAUUUGGCGCGGUGGCUGCCAAGGCCACGAAUCGAUUAAUUGUCGCACACAUGAGUCGGAGUGAACUAUCGCUUUGGGAUUGGAUUUAUAUGGGACCAAUCGCUCUGAUGAUCAACCAAUAUUACGAUAUAAAGAUCGACGAGCCACGACUUCUCAAAUAUACAACUGUCUAUGUUUAUUUAUCACUUCUCGUUUAUUGUUUAUUUAUUACCCGUCAAAUUUGCGAUCACAUGGGCAUUUUUUGCUUCAAAGUCACUCCACAAAGAAGCAAUAAGUGA